AUGAUAUUCUUGGACGAGCCUCUUACUGGUCUCGACUCCUAUGCCGCUACUACCACUGUGAAGGUACUCAAGGAUCUAGCGGCUAAUGGAGUACCUGUCAUGAUCACAGUUCAUCAGCCAUCCAGUGAGAUCUUUGCUAUGUUUGAUAAUAUCGUAGUUAUUUCGGAAGGCUGUAUCGUGUACGAUGGUCCCAGGAAGGAGCUUGUCAACUUCUUUUAUGAAAAUGGUGGUUAUAAGUGCCCGAGUAACUACAAUCCUGCUGAUUUCGUAUUGUACGUGUUGCAGACUGAACCGAGGGAAAAUAUUGAAGUUCUCGUUGAUGCAUAUAAAGCUUACUUCGAGAAGCGGAUGAUGUCAGGAAUAGAUGAGCUCCGUGGGAAAGCUGUUCAGCAGGCUGAAGUUCAUUCGAAAGCUCGAGUAGCUUCCUUGCGAGUUCAGCUGAGGGAGUUGCUGAAAAGGGACUUCCGAGACAUCAUCAGGAAUCCAACGGUGCAAAUCAUAAAGUUUUGCAUGACCGUUUUCAUGGGGCUUAUAAUGGGCUGUGUGUUCUUCCAAGCUGGUGCGGAUGAGUCUGAAAUGUACUGGCUCACCAAUCGUGGGAGAUUCCAGUCCUACUAUGGUGGAAUAGUCAUUACGUGUGUGGCUGCUAUGAUGGGAUCAGCUCAGACGACCAUCCUGAGGUAUCCAGAUCAGCGAGCUAUCUUUGUGAGGGAAUACGCUAGCAAUAUGUACUCCUCUAUUCCUUAUGUGCUAUCACAAACUCUACUGGAAGUGCCAAUGGCAUUCAUAGAGAGUGUUAUUCAGAUCAUCAUAGCCUACUUUAUGCUAAACUUUCAAGGCAGCUGGAUCUUAUGGGUUUUGAGUAACCUUCUUAUCAACUUAGUAUCGGCAUCCUUUGCCCAGUUCCUCGGUGCUCUGGCUAACUCUGGCGCCCAAGCAAUGCAGUUUAUGCCGCUCAUUUUGGUCCCUCAGAUGAUCUUCUCUGGUUUGUUCACUCCUAUAAGUGAAAUACCGGUGUGGUUACGAUGGUUGCAGUAUUUGAGCUUCCUCAAGUACACUGGUUCCUUGGCAUACUUCAAUGAAUUCGGCUUCGAUAUGACCCUCCUGAACGAGGCUAAUGACAUCCAUGCUGAUCUUGUUGGGUUGUACAUCGGUGUUUUGUUGGCAAUGCUCAUCAUACUGCGCAUCUUGGCGACUGUGAUUCUGAAACGUAAGGCUCGGUAUGUGUAUUAGGCAGCUGAGGAGACAGCAGUACUUCGAUGGACGCAGGGCUGUUAGUCCUCAGAAUCUCGACUGCCACUCUUCUUUGGUUACCGUCACUAAGCAGACGCUUUGUUCCACCACAAUGGUUUGGUAAGUGAUUAUUUUCUAUGCUUUUAAAAGAGCUGUACGACGUAAUAAUGAUGAAACUUCCAGUAGCAUCCAAACGGACCGCUGUUUGAGACUCCUUGAUAGUAUUCCAUUGACAGGCGUUGUCUGUCGCUCUUCU